UGCUAUCUGUUUGUGCUUUUACGAGAUUUAUAGUACAAUACGGUUUUACUUACCUACUUACAAGUUGACAAGUUGAUACUAAAUUCGAAAUUUAUGAAAAUUCGAAAAGUGAAAAAUUCAUUCAGGAUGUGUGAUGGAAUAUUUCGGUGGUAGAUAAUCGCAAAAAUUCUAACUUAAUCAAACGAUAGUAUACAUGUAAGACUAUCAUUUUCUUACUAUGAUUAACAGAUAUUAUUUGCCUACGCCUACACAUGUUCUAGAUUUUGGAACAUUGAUUGUAUUGUUGCUUAUAGCAUAGAUGGCACCUCGGUGGUGUUUUCAGGUAUUAUCUUAUUCCCGCUAUUUCUCGAUGAAAUAAAGAAUAACUUGUGCUGUUAUUUUUAUUUUUAAUUAUCUUAUAUCUCACUAACGCUUUCACAUUAUGACGAGUUCUGUCAGUACAAAUCCAUCAACAUUAUUGCCUUUAGAAUUAGUUGACAAAUGUAUCGGUUCUCGGAUACAUAUUAUUAUGAAAAACGAUAAAGAAAUUGUCGGCACCUUGUUAGGUUUUGAUGAUUUUGUAAAUAUGCUGCUCGAAGAUGUGACAGAAAGCGAAGCAACACCCGAGGGACGAAGAGUCACCAAGCUUGAUCAAAUACUGCUUAACGGAAGCAAUAUCACAAUGCUUGUACCUGGUGGAGAAAUGCCUGACACGUAAAAAAGUAACUUUCUCUGGUAUAUUUUGUACAAUAAAAAUUUGAUCUGUAAUUUACGCGUAUCUACUACAGAAUAUUAAAAAUAUCUGUCGAUUAAGAAUAAUAAUUCAAAUAAAUAUUAAGAACAAAGUAGCA